UCAAAUUCAGCACAUCAGUGGGCAGUAAUUGCAACUAAAAUGUCCAAAAAUGCGACGCGAACAAGCAGCAAGAACGCAAAAACGGAAAUUCCCAGGAAGGUCACAAAAUCACCUGCAACAAGUGGGCCAGCGACCACAAGGGAAUCAAAGGAACGAAGGUCACUGGUCAGGCAAACUGAUAGCUUGGAAGGUGAAAAAAUUGCCAGGAAAACCACAACAGCAGCGCAACCUUCUACUAGCAAAAAGCCAUUAGGCACGGGGAAAAACAAGGAGAAGGAACCCUUGAGCAAAAGGACCACACCGUCCCCAGGUGCUUUGCGUGCCACCACCAGACAAACUACCACAAACCCACCCUUGAAGCCCAAGUCCAUUACCAAGGCCGUAUCCAAAUCCAAGCCCAAUGCAGUACUGGACACCUACCACAGUGUUACGGUCGCUUCACCACCGCAAAAACGCAGAGGACAGGCAAAAGAGGAGAACGAAACACAUACACCUUCAAAAGAAUAUUCCCCUUUGGCUCAAGUUAAGAAGGAGCAUGAGUCGCAUUCUCCUCCAAAGGAAGAUGCCCCUUCUGCUCCGGCAAGAGCAAGAACUUUCACACGCACCCUAGAUCCCGAGGAAGUAGUGAUUCUAAAGAGGGAAUCUGCCAAACAAAGGAGCGAAGUGGAGACCCACGAUUCGCAGCCCGUAAAGCAGCCAGUGGCCUUUGAAGUAAAGUUUGAGGAAGUCAAAAAGCCAGACCCGGAAUCUGAUCACUACUCCGAUGACUUUGAGUCCUAUGAAUCCGAUUUUGAAACGGAUGCCAGCACGCCUGGAGAAGAAGAAUCAGAUGAACCGGAAGAACCUUCAUUAUCCGAGGCAGAAGUUGAGGAAGAGCCGGAAGAGAAGGACGAGGAAGAAGACUCAGAGCCCACACAGAAUCCCAUCACUGUGAUCCAACGCGACAAAGAUCAGGAGCGCAAACUGGAUUCUGGCCACUAUGACAUGCAUCAGCGCCGGAAUCCCUUGAGCAGUCAGUCCACUCAAAAUCAGUUCGAUAGUUUUGAUACCAAUUCGAUGGCCAACUCUGAGCAACUGGACUCCGGCAUUAGUACGACUGGAGUUGAGAAGCCCCAGAGUGGGGAGUCAAAUGUGUACUAUGGUGGUUACUCCGGAUUCGUGUCCCAUCCCGUAAUCAGUCGUCGUGGCGAGGAGCUGAUGGCUAAAUUGCGUUUCGACCAACUCAACUACCACCUGUUCGAAAUGAAGCCUCUCAGCUACGAGGGAUUCAUGCAGAGCUAUGGAAAGCUUAAUGCCUGCCAAAUGGCCACACAGACGCAAUCGCCGCAAAUGGAUGGGGAGUGCCAGACCCUUGAGGUACACAGCCGCUGCAGUUGGACACAGCAUCCACCUCACUACGGUGGGCAAUUGGUGCUGAGCUGCAGUGGUGAUGCGGAUAUGAUGGAUACAUCGAACGCCAAAUCAACUGAUGAAUAUAAAGCUAGCCUUUUUCGUUUGGAGCAACUGCAUCGGAUGGAGCAGGAUCGCUCCCAGCAACAGCAACAAAAGAGAUUAGCUAAAACCACGGAUAUGGAGAGGCUAAAUACUUUCCUUCACAAGGCUGCAGGACUCAUGGGAAGGGUUUUAGAGGGUAACAAGAACCAAAGCCAAAACAAUAGUCCCCGGAAUAUACCAUUGCAGACAGGUCUACUCAAUGCUCUCCCAGUGCGCCGAAUCUUUGGAAGUUUCGGAAAUGGACAUUUAGUAGUGACCGUGCAUGAAUGUCCUAAGGAUAGCAAUGUUUAUAAAGAAGACUUUGCCAGCCUGUUGAUGGUUUGGACAUUGUCCAAUCCUGGUCAGCCUUUACGUCUGUUGUCGACCUGGGCAGAAGUCAGUCGCGUGGCUCUCUCUAGUGAAGCCCAAGAUAUUGUGGUGGCUGGACUACGUGAUGGCAGUAUAGCUAUGUGGGAUCUGCGGGAGACACACAGCUAUUGCUCGAAGUUAGAUGGCCAUUUGACGCACUUUGCAGCUACGCAGUCAGUGGUUCCCAUGUCGGAGAAGCUACAGAAUGUGGUGAAUGCCAUUGAUCUGGGUGCCGUGGUAGAUGUCCGCAGCUUUAGACCCCAAUGCAAGGGUGGGGGGUUAGCCGCAGCUGGUGGUUUGCAGACGCCAUACAAGGAAAUCCAGUAUGCCUCACUGAACGACUCUGGCUUGCUGACCAUGUGGACUCUGGUGGAGGGAGCCUCAUCCAGCAAUAGCAACGAGUUCAGCUCUCCUUGGGCUCGUGUGAAGCUCCUCCAGAGUGCCAGCUGUGAUCUAAGGAGCUAUGUUGAAAGGCGCCUUCUAAAGAGCCAUCAAAGUGCCUACGAGAAGACUAAGUCUUUGUUCCAGGGAAACAUCUACAGCGAUGACUUGCUAAAAGAGCUAAAUGAAACGCAAACACUGACCACCGUCCUCCAGGGUCAGGGACUGCAAGGACUACGCUUCACUAGCAUCGAUACGGGCAGUGAUUUGAUCUAUGUGUGUACCAACCGGAACUUUGUGCUCUGCUGCACACGAAGUUUGAAGACGGAACGCUUCUCAAGGAUCGCUGUGAACGAGAGUCGUUUUCUGUUCCCCACUUCACUGUGUGUGCUCUCUAAUGAAAACUAUGUGGCCGUUGGUCUAUCAAAUGGAUCUGUGAUGAUACUCAACUGCAAUCAGCGACAGAUACAGCGCCAAAAAAACCAACAGAGACCCAAGACAGGACUCCCGCCAGCCUUCAAUGAGCCCGAUCCUGAAACGGGAAAAUCCUGCGCCAUUCAGAACAUCAUACUCAACGAACGGAGAUCCUUCGACCAGCAAGUGGAUCCCAAUUCCACCUAUGAUACCCGACCGAAUACUGCUUUGGAGCUAAUUGAGAGACCCAGGCGUUCCUACGAAAUGAGAGUCUUUGACCAGCAGCUGCUCCUUAGUGGUAGUGGACUGCGUCAGCAUCUUGUCCAAGCCUUAAUCCUGUCGAGCGAUGGCUGGCAGCUCUUUGCCCUGGCGAAUGGUAUGGUGCGCACCUACGAUUUCUACCGCGACAGUGAGCUACCCAGAGAAAAGUCCACAGAAAUUCGAUCCAAAAUCACGGAUAUUGCAGGAGCUCACAGCUCUGGGCACGAGCAGAUACUUCUCAUUCUGGACUCUGCUGGAAAGGUGCACAUGCACACCCACGAUUAUUAG